GCGCUCCCCGGUCUAGCCCAGGAGCCGGGACCCUUCUUCAUUCUGUGGUGUGAGGCAACUCCACGGCGGUGACAUGCCGGAGAUCAGCCUCCGCCACGUUGUGUCCUGCAGCAGCCAGGACUCGUUCCAGGACAAUCCAGUGCCCUCUUCUGACCUCCAUGGGCAUUGCAUAUACAUGACCCACUGUGCAGAGAACCUCCUCAAAGCAGACACUUACCGGAAAUGGCGGGCCGCCAAGGCAGGCGAGAAGACCAUCUCUGUGGUCCUACAGUUGGAGAAGGAGGAGCAGAUACACAGCGUGGACAUUGGGAAUGAUGGCUCAGCCUUCGUGGAGGUGCUGGUGGGAAGCUCAGCCGGAGGAGCUGCACCUGGGGAGCAGGACUAUGAGGUCCUUCUGGUCACCUCCUCGUUCAUGUCCCCAUCUGAGAGCCGCAGUGGUUCAAAUCCCAACCGUGUUCGUAUUUUUGGACCUGACAAGUUGGUCCGAGCAGCAGCUGAGAAGCGCUGGGACCGUGUUAAAAUUGUGUGCAGCCAGCCCUACAGCAAGGACUCACCCUAUGGCCUGAGUUUUGUGCGAUUUCACAGCCCCCCAGUAAAAGAUGAGGAGGUCCCAACCCAGAAGGUGACAGUGACCAAGCUUGGCCAGUUUCGUGUGAAGGAGGAGGACGACAAGGCCAACUCCUUGAGACCAGGGGCUCUCUUCUUCAGUCGUAUCAACAAGACAUCUUCUGCUUCAGCCAGUGACCCAGCAGGACCGAGCUAUGCAGCUGCUACGCUCCAGGCCUCUAGUGCAGCCUCCUUGGCCUCUCCUGUCUCCAAGGCUUCUGGCAGCUCCUCCAAGCCCCAGGAGUCUCCCAAAGGGAAGAGGAAAUUGGACUUGAACUCAGAAGAAAGAAAGACUGCCAGCAAACCUUUGGCUGGGCCACCCGCUCUCAAGAAACCCAAACUGCCAGCUCCUACCUGCACUCCAGCUGCAGCUGCAACCUCUACCCCAGCACAGGCGGCAGUCCCAGGGAAGCCUCGAGGAGAAGGCACGGAGCCCAAGGGAGCUCGUGCUGGCCCAAAGGACCUGGGGAAGGUUCUACAGGGUGUGGUGGUAGUGCUCAGUGGCUUCCAGAACCCUUUCCGCUCAGAGCUCCGGGACAAGGCCCUGGAGCUGGGGGCCAAGUAUCGGCCAGACUGGACCCCAGACAGCACGCACCUCAUCUGUGCCUUUGCCAACACCCCCAAGUACAGCCAGGUCCUGGGCCUUGGAGGCCGCAUUGUGCGUAAAGAGUGGGUGCUGGACUGUCACCGCAUGCGUCGUCGACUGCCCUCCCAGAGGUACCUCAUGGCAGGGCCUGGCUCCAGCAGCGAGAACGAGGGGGACUCGCACAGCGGGAGCAGUGAAGAUGAAGCUCCCAAGCUUCCCCAAAAGCGCCCCAAGGCCAAAGCCAGAGCCCAGGCAGCAGGAUCCAGCUCACCCCAGAAGCCACCAACCCCAGAACAGACCAAGGCACCCUCACCAGGACCCCAGGACAAUAGUGACCCUGAAGGGGAACAGUCAGGACAGGACAAUGGGGCAGAAGAUUCGGGGGACACGGAGGAUGAGCUGAGGAGGGUGGCCGAGCAGAGGCAGCCGAAGCCCGCAGCCCCAGGGGAGGAUGGCGAGGACCCUUACGCAGGCUCCACAGACGAGAACACAGACAGCGAGGCUCCCCCAGAUGCCGACCUGCCAAUCCCAGAACUCCCAGACUUCUUCCAGGGUAAACACUUCUUCCUGUACGGGGAGUUCCCUGGGGAUGAGCGGCGGAAGCUCAUCCGAUAUGUGACAGCUUUCAAUGGUGAGCUUGAGGAUUACAUGAGUGAACGGGUCCAGUUUGUGAUCACAGCCCAGGAGUGGGAUCCCAGCUUUGAGGAGGCCCUGAUGGACAACCCUUCCUUGGCAUUCGUCCGGCCUCGGUGGAUCUACAGUUGCAACGAGAAGCAAAAGUUACUCCCUCACCAGCUGUAUGGGGUGGUGCCCCAGGCCUGAGGUCUGUGCCUGUGUGCGUGUGUGUACAACUGAUGAAUCUAAUAAAGGACACUUGGUUUGGAACAGCCCCCA